UGUCACUGCUGCGAACUCAAGUCUUCGCCACCUCCUCCUCCCUCUUUUUCUUCUUCCCUUAAAUUCAUUCUUCAGAUUCCCCAUGUUUAUUCUCUCUUGACGCCAUAAAUUUCCUUCCUCGAGGAGUUUUCUCUCUCUUUCUCUCUCUCUUUUUAUAUCUCUCUCUCUUAGGGUUCUUCUGUGUUCUGGGUUUUGGGAAGGAAAGUGAAGAACUUGAUCUUCGUCGGACGAUAUGGGGACUUGGAGGAGCCAGUUGAAGGCCAUGCUCCGCAAGAACUGGCUCCUCAAAACUCGACACCCCUUCGUCACUUUAGCCGAGGUUUUACUUCCAACGGUUGUAAUGUUGCUGCUGAUAGCUGUAAGGACACGGGUUGACACAAGAAUUCACCCUGCUCAGCCUAAUAUAGAGAAAGACACGCUUGUGGAAGUGGGCAAAGGUAUUUCUCCCAGUUUUCCAAAAGUUCUGGAACUUUUGCUUGCCAAGGGGGAGUAUUUAGCUUUUGCACCUGACACUGAUGAAACGAGGAACAUGAUCAACAUUUUAUCCCUAAAGUUUCCGGAACUUAAGCUGGUUACUAGAAUUUUCAAAGAUGAAGCUGAGCUGGAAACAUACAUAACUUCAGAUAGCUAUGCUGCAUGCAGCCAAGUGAGGAAUUGUUCGAAUCCCAAAAUAAAAGGAGCUGUGGUAUUCCAUGAACAAGGUCCUGAUUUAUAUGAUUAUAGCAUCCGCUUGAACCACACGUGGGCUUUCUCUGGAUUUCCUGAUGUUAAAUCGAUCAUGGACACAAAUGGACCUUAUAUCAAUGAUCUGGAAAUGGGAAUCAAUACAGUACCAGCAAUGCAAUACAGUUUCAGCGGGUUCCUGACUCUUCAGCAAGUGGUAGAUUCAUUCAUCAUAUUUGCUUCCCAGCGAACUGUAGGUGGUGCAUCAUUGCACUCUUCUCUUGGUUUAGCUUUACCCGUUGAGCUACCAUGGACUGUACUUCCCUCUAAAAUAAGAAUCGUUCCCUUUCCAACCCGAGAAUACACUGAUGACGAGUUUCAAUCUAUUGUGAAGAGUGUAAUGGGCUUGUUGUACCUUCUAGGGUUUCUGUAUCCAAUCUCCCGGCUUAUCAGCUACUCUGUUUUGGAGAAGGAGCAGAAAAUAAGGGAGGGUCUUUACAUGAUGGGUUUGAAGGAUGAGAUUUUCCAUUUGUCAUGGUUUAUCACAUAUGCUUUGCAGUUUGCAUUGUGCUCUGGGGUUAUUACAGCUUGUACAAUGGGAAGUCUUUUCAAAUAUAGUGAUAAGACAGUAGUCUUCACGUACUUCUUUUUAUUUGGACUCAGCACGAUCAUGCUCUCUUUUCUAAUAUCAACAUUUUUCACCCGAGCAAAGACAGCUGUUGCAGUUGGAACCCUUUCCUUUCUUGGUGCUUUCUUUCCGUAUUACACUGUUAAUGAUGAAUCAGUGCCCAUGGUAUUGAAGAUAAUUGCUUCUUUGCUUUCACCUACGGCAUUUGCUCUUGGAUCAAUAAACUUUGCUGAUUAUGAGCGUGCUCAUGUGGGACUUCGUUGGAGCAAUAUAUGGCGGGCAUCAUCCGGAGUAAGUUUUGUUGUCUGUCUCUUAAUGAUGCUGCUAGACUCUAUGCUUUAUUGCAUAAUUGGUCUUUAUUUUGAUAAGGUACUCCCCAGGGAAAAUGGUGUGCGGUAUAAAUGGAACUUCAUCUUUGGCAAGUGCUUUGGGAGGAAGAAGAAUAAAAACCAGUAUUGCCCUGAAAAUACCGUUAAUAAAAUUCUCUCAGAUAAUAUAACCAUUUCUUCAGAAAGAGAGCCUUCUGAUCCUAUUAUAGAAUCAAUAAGCUUGGAAAUGAGGCAACAAGAGCUUGAUGGGAGGUGCAUGCAGGUUAGAGAUCUGCAUAAGGUCUAUGCUUCAAGGAAGGGGAAUUGUUGUGCGGUUAAUUCAUUAAGACUUUCGUUGUAUGAGAACCAAAUACUCGCACUUCUGGGACAUAAUGGGGCGGGUAAAAGUACAACAAUAUCUAUGCUUGUUGGUCUACUUCCACCAACAUCUGGAGAUGCCCUGAUAUUUGGGAAGAAUAUCUUAACAAACAUGGAUGAGAUUCGAAAGGAACUAGGUGUGUGCCCUCAACAUGACAUCCUCUUUCCAGAACUGACAGUUAAGGAGCAUUUGGAGAUGUUUGCUGUCCUAAAAGGUGUCAAAGAAGACUCCUUAGAAAGGACAGUGGCUGAUAUGGCAGAUGAAGUGGGAUUGUCUGACAAAAUUAAUACACUUGUCCGAGCACUUUCUGGUGGCAUGAAGAGGAAACUGUCACUUGGAAUCGCAUUGAUAGGGAACAGUAAGGUGAUUGUUCUUGAUGAACCAACCAGUGGGAUGGAUCCGUACUCAAUGCGUCUUACUUGGCAGUUGAUUAAAAAAAUAAAGAAAGGCAGAAUAAUAUUACUAACAACACAUUCCAUGGAUGAAGCAGAGCUGAUAGCUUAUAUAAACAGACUAACCUUCAAUGUUGGAUUUUUAUGCUUGAACAGCUCGAUUUUCCUUAAGCACCAUUAUGGGGUUGGUUAUACUCUUACUCUAGUAAAGUCUUCUCCAACGGUCUCUGUUGCAGCAAGUAUAGUUCAUCGUCACAUCCCAUCAGCAACGUGUGUGAGUGAGGUGGGCAAUGAGAUAUCUUUCAAGCUUCCCUUGGCAUCUUCACCCUGCUUCGAAGACAUGUUUAGGGAAAUUGAGAGUUGCAUGAAAAGAUCUGUUGACAGCUCAAGAAUUAAUGAGAUAGAGGGUUUGAGCUAUCCUGGUAUCCAAAGUUAUGGUAUAUCCAUAACGACACUUGAGGAAGUGUUCUUAAGAGUUGCUGGCGCUAACUUAAACAUUGAUGAAUCGGUUGAGGAGGGUAACAUUUUCUUCCCUCCAGAUUCUGCAGUUUCUAGGGUCUGCUCUGAAUCCCCCCCAAAGGGAAAUCUACAAUCGAAACUGCUCAGAGGUUGUAAUGAGGUUGCUGGACUUAUGGUUACUACAAUUGCAAAAGCUUGCAGUUGGGUUGCUGUUAUGGUUUGGACUUUCGUUGGUUUCAUAAGUAUGCAAUGCUGUUGUUGUUGCAUAAUCUCAAGGUCAACAUUUUGGCGACAUUGCAAAGCAUUAUUCAUAAAGAGAGCAAGAUCUGCUGGCAGAGACAGGAAAACAGUGGCUUUCCAGCUUAUCAUUCCGGUCGUCUUCUUGCUUUUUGGCCUUCUUUUUCUUCAGCUUAAGCCACAUCCUGAUCAGAACUCCAUAACACUCACAACUGCAUAUUUCAACCCUCUCCUGACUAGCAGCGGUGGUGGUGGCCCUAUUCCCUUUGAUUUAUCUCACCCUAUUGCCAAUGAGGUUGCAGAAUAUAUUGAAGGAGGCUGGAUUCAGCCCUUGAGGAAUUGCUCGUAUAAAUUUCCUGAUCCAGAAAAGGCGUUAGCUGAUGCUACUGAUGCCGCAGGUCCCACAUUGGGGCCCACUCUACUUUCAAUGAGUAAAUUCUUGAUGUCUAGCUUCAAUCAAUCCUACCAGUCAAGGUAUGGGGCAAUUGUAAUGGAUGGCCAGUAUCCAGAUGGGAGUUUAGGAUACACUGUUUUACACAACAGUACUUGUCAGCAUGCCGGUCCAAUCUACAUCAAUGUUAUGAAUGCUGCAAUUCUUAGACUUGCUACCCGUAACAAGAAUAUGACAAUCCGAACGCACAACCAUCCCUUGCCUACAACAAAAAGCCAGCAUUUACAACGUCAUGAUUUGGAUGCUUUCUCUGCUGCAAUUAUUGUUAACAUUGCAUUCUCAUUUAUCCCAGCCUCUUUCGCUGUCCCCAUUGUUAAGGAGCGCGAAGUUAAAGCAAAGCACCAACAGCUUAUUAGUGGGGUUUCUGUCUUCUCAUACUGGGUAUCAACAUACAUAUGGGAUUUCGUCAGCUUCUUAUUUCCUUCAACAUUUGCGAUGAUCCUCUUCUACAUUUUUGGUCUAGAGCAGUUUAUUGGAAUUGGUCGGUUUGUCCCAACUGUCAUUAUGUUCUUGGAGUAUGGCUUGGCAAUUGCAUCCUCAACAUAUUGCCUAACAUUUUUCUUUUCUGAACAUAGCAUGGCUCAGAAUGUUGUUCUUUUGGUUCACUUUUUCACUGGUCUUAUUCUUAUGGUCAUCUCCUUUGUUAUGGGCCUUAUCCCGGCAACUGCUAGUGCAAAUUCAUCUCUAAAGAACUACUUCAGAUUAUCACCGGGAUUUUGCUUCUCUGAUGGACUGGCUUCAUUAGCUCUUCUAAGGCAAGGGAUGAAAGACAAAUCCAGUCACGGGGUUUUAGAUUGGAAUGUGACUGGAGCAUCAAUCUGUUAUCUAGGUCUUGAGAGUAUCUUCUACUUCCUUGUGACACUUGGUCUUGAGCUCUUGCCUGUUCAAAAGAUAAUGUCUAUCUCCAUAAGCGAUUGGUGGCAGAACUCUAAAGUUCUCAAGCACAGUGCUGGGGGGUCUGGUCAUUUAGAGCCACUUCUCAAGGAUUCACCAGAUGGAGUUUUACUCGAUAUUGAGGAUGAUGUAGAUGUGCAAAAUGAAAGAGCCAGGGUGCUCUCAGGUUCUACUGACAAUGCCAUAUGCUACUUACGAAACUUACGGAAGGUUUAUCCUGGCACCAAAUAUCAUGGCCCAAAAGUGGCUGUACAGUCCUUAACUUUCUCGGUCCAAGCAGGAGAAUGUUUUGGAUUUUUAGGUACAAAUGGAGCUGGGAAAACUACCACCUUGUCUAUGUUAUCUGGAGAAGAAACUCCAACUAGCGGGACUGCUUUUGUCUUUGGCAAAGACAUAGUGGCAAGUCCAAAAGCUAUCCGUCAGCACAUUGGCUACUGCCCCCAGUUUGAUGCAUUAUUUGAACAUUUGACUGUAAAGGAGCACCUUGAGCUCUAUGCAAGGAUCAAAGGAGUUGUGAAUCAUAGAAUUGAUAACGUGGUUACAGAAAAGAUGGUGGAGUUUGACUUGUUGAAGCAUGCUAACAAGCCAUCAUUUACCCUUAGCGGAGGAAACAAACGUAAAUUAUCAGUCGCGAUUGCAAUGAUUGGAGACCCUCCCAUUGUCAUUCUCGAUGAACCGUCUACAGGUAUGGACCCUGUUGCCAAAAGAUUCAUGUGGGACGUGAUAUCCCGGUUAUCAACUAGGAGAGGAAAGACUGCAGUUAUUCUGACUACCCACAGCAUGAAUGAAGCUCAAGCUCUCUGCACCAGGAUCGGAAUCAUGGUCGGAGGCCGCCUUAGAUGCAUUGGUAGUCCACAGCAUUUGAAGACACGCUUCGGUAACCAUCUUGAGUUAGAGGUGAAACCUAACGAAGUAAGACGUGUGGACUUGGAGAACUUUUGCCAAAUGAUUCAGCAGUGGCUGUUUAACCUUCCUUCGCAUCCAAGAAGCUUACUUGGUGACCUCGAAGUUUGUAUUGGCGUUUCCGACUCAAUUAUACCCGAGACUGCAUCUGCAUCAGAAAUCAGCUUGUCGGUAGAAAUGAUAAAAAGCAUUGCACAGUUUCUCGGUAACGAGGGAAGAGUAAACACACUUGUAUCUCCCAUGUCUGAGAAUGAUGGGCGGUCUGGUGAACAGUUAUUAGAGCAGCUGUUUCGGGAUGGCGGUAUACCGCUGCCCAUAUUCGCCGAGUGGUGGUUAUCCAAAGAGAACUUCUCAGCACUAGAUUCUUUCAUUCAGUCUUCAUUUCCCGGUGCAACGUUUAAGGGAUGCAAUGGAUUGAGCAUUAAGUAUCAGUUACCAUUCGGAGAAGGCGGGUUGUCACUUGCAGAUGCCUUUGGAUACCUCGAAAGAAACAGGAACCGAUUGGGAAUAGCGGAAUACAGCGUUGGCCAAUCGACCCUCGAGACUAUAUUCAACCAUUUUGCAGCUAACUCCUCCUGAGAACCUCACCCAUUCAUCAGCUCAGCCAAUGAUCUGCAAUGGUGUAAACAUGGCAAAUACAUGUAGAAACUGCAGAAAAGGCCGAGUUUAGGGUCUAUGUGUAUAUAGACAUCUACGCAACUUACAGACACUUUCAAGUGAUCUGCAAUCAAAAUCUAUAGCACA